AUGUCUUCAGGCCUCAUGGAUACCGAAAAGGGCGGCGAGCAGACCCAGUACGAAGCUGAGAACAGCGACAUGCUCCCUCACAAGCAGGAAGCUGGUCAGCUAGGAGGUACCAUCUCGAUAUCCAAAAUCUAUCACGACUUUGACAGACCUCCUAACGCAGCCACAGCUACAACCGUGCCAAGCACAGAACAACCUACACAACUCGACAACAGCAAGACCAACGAGCCAAACACACAAGGCAUCACACCCGCCGACAAAAUCCGCUACGGUCAGAGUAUUCAGGAGGGCGGCAUGGGUGGCAAGACAAAUACGACGACGGGCGAAACAGACAAGGCUACCGACGAGGACAGUGCGACGAAGGCGAGGAGGGAACAGGGGUACGAUGGAGGGAAGGACAUGGACCGGAACAUUGGCGCCUAG